GCCCAGUGCGCGCCGGCCCGACGCGCCGCCUCGCCUGCGCCGUUGCUAAGAGACCUUGGAUGUCUGGCCGCGGGAUGCUGGGCGGCGCCGGGUGAAGAUGGGGGUCACUGGGCCUCAGGUAACCAUGGAGAAAGAGCUUCGGAGCACCAUUCUUUUCAAUGCAUGUAAGAAAGAAGUAUUCACCACCAACAAUGGCUAUAAAUCUAUGCAGAAAAGACUUCGGAGUAAUUGGAAGAUUCAGAGCUUAAAAGAUGAAAUCACAUCCGAAAAGCUAAUUGGAGUGAAACUGUGGAUUACAUCUGGGCCAAGGGAAAAAUUUACUGCAGCUGAGUUUGAAGUCCUGAAGAAAUACCUUGAUGGAGGCGGUGAUAUCCUUGUGAUGCUAGGAGAGGGUGGGGAAUCCAGAUUUGACACCAAUAUUAACUUUCUCCUAGAAGAAUAUGGAAUCAUGGUUAAUAAUGAUGCUGUGGUUAGAAAUGUAUAUUAUAAGUAUUUCCAUCCUAAAGAAGCUCUAGUUUCCAACGGAGUCCUGAAUAGGGAAAUUAGCCGAGCUGCAGGGAAGGCUGUGCCUGGAAUCAUUGAUGAGGAGAGCAAUGGAAACAACGCUCAGGCUCUCACCUUUGUCUAUCCUUUUGGUGCCACAUUGAGUGUCAUGAAACCAGCAGUGGCUAUUCUGUCCACAGGCUCUGUCUGUUUCCCGCUUAACAGACCCAUUCUGGCUUUCUAUCACUCGAAGAACCAAGGUGGGAAGCUGGCAGUCCUUGGCUCAUGUCACAUGUUCAGUGACCAAUAUUUGGAUAAAGAAGAAAACAGCAAAAUCAUGGAUGUUGUUUUCCAGUGGCUCACAACGGGAGACAUCAAUCUAAACCAGAUCGAUGCUGAGGACCCAGAGAUUUCUGACUACAUGAUGCUGCCCAACACAGCCACCCUGUCAGAGCGGCUUCGAGUGUGUCUCCAGGAGGGCGAUGAGAACCCAAGAGACUUUACCACCCUCUUCGACCUGUCCAUUUACCAGCUGGAUACCACUUCCCUCCCCAAUGUCAUCAAGGCCCAUGAACAGCUGAACGUGAAACAUGAACCUCUCCAGCUCAUCCAACCUCAGUUUGAGACGCCACUGCCAGCCCUUCAGCCAGCGGUUUUCCCUCCCAGUUUCAGAGAAUUACCACCUCCUCCACUGGAGCUAUUUGACUUAGAUGAGACGUUUUCUUCUGAGAAGGCCCGCCUUGCUCAGAUUACUAAUAAAUGUACUGAAGAAGAUCUGGAAUUCUAUGUCAGAAAGUGUGGUGACAUUCUUGGAGUAACCAGUAAACUACCAAAGGACCAACAAGAUGCCAAACAUAUUCUUGAGCAUAUCUUCUUCCAAGUGGUGGAGUUCAAGAAAUUGAACCAGGAACAUGACAUUGAUACAAGUGAACCAGCAUUCCAGAACAAUUUCGAGAAUCAUGCCUCUUGAAGCAUCUUCUGCCUAAUUCUCUUUGUAAACUAUUUUUGAAUUGUUUUUCAAAUCCUUACAAAAUUGUCUAUAUACUCUUUACCCCGAGUUAUAGGCCUGUGCAUCUCCUGUAGUGACUACAUAGGUAUAACAUGUUUAAAAAGAUCCUUAUGUAAUAUAUGUUCCAUUUUUAAAAUUAAAUCUGACUGAACCUGUACUUUUAUAA